CCUUCCCCUCCUCCUCCUCCCCCCCCCACCAUUACCCCGUACUAGAAUAUACACCCAAUGGCAGGCGGACUACCAACCCAUUUUAAGCUCUACACAGGCGCACUCAUCCCCUCCCUCGGGUUCGGCACCUGGCAGGCAGCAAAAGGCCAGGUGGGGAACGCCGUUGCACAUGCGCUUCGUACAGGUUACAGGCAUAUCGACUGCGCAUGGGAUUACGGCAAUGAGGCCGAAGUAGGAGCCGCGAUAAGGGACUCUGGGAUCCCGCGUUCCGAACUGUGGAUCACGAGCAAGCUCUGGAACGGCUACCACAGGCCGCAGGACGUUGCUGAGAAAUAUCACCAGACAACGAAGAACUUGAAUGCGGGAUAUCUGGAUCUGUACCUUAUUCACUGGCCGGUCGCCUUCUCUCUCGGCCCGGAUGGGAAGCCUAUGGAUUACCCAAGGGACAAAGAUGGCAACGUCCUCGUCGACUACGCCCUAACGGACGACUACGUCUCCACCUGGCGCGGGAUGGAGCAGCUCGUCGAUGGUAGUGAGACCGCACCACGCCAUAUCGGCAUCAGCAACUUCAAUAUCAGGAAAUGGAAGCAUCUGCUUUCGGAGGCUAAGACCCGCCCUGCCGUCAACCAGUGCGAGAUGAACUUUGCCUGGCCCCAGCCCGAGCUCGUCAAGUGGGCGAAAGAGAACGGCCAGCAGCUCGAGGCGUACGCCCCUCUCGGCAGUGGCGCCAAAUCCAAGGAACUCCUUGCGGACCCAACCGUAGUGGAAAUCGCGACCAAGAACGGGGUUUCGCCCUCUCGUGUCCUGCUGAGCUGGCAGAUCCAGCGCGGUAACGUCGUCCUCGCUAAGAGCGUUACUCCCGCUCGCAUAGAAGACAACUUCUUCCUGUUCAAGCUCGCGGAGGAAGACUUCCAGAAAAUGGAGAAGAUGAGCGCUGCCUACCCCAACAAGGCGCGGGUUGUUGACCCUCAAUGGGGAGGUUUGGAUAUCUUCCAGGAUUGGAAGCAGUGAGCGGCGGCGAUAUUAGUGCCUCUGUGAGAAAUGUGCUUGGAUAGAACCGAAAAUAUUGGAUGUACAGUCUUCGUUUUAUGUAACUCGUAUUUGAGUCUGAAUCGCAUGAAUUCAAUCAUUACGAGAAGGGACACGAUGACUUGUUCCGC